ACGGCGGCGCGCGGGACGCACGGAAAAGCGGCCGGGCGCGGAAGGGCAGCGGCGGCCCUGCCAGCGCGCAGAUGGGAACAAUGGACGAUGACUUUGUGGCUUCCUCCACACCUCCGUUUCUCACUGACAGCUUGGAGAUGGCAAUGGAAGUGGAGAAUGAGAACUCAAAGCCACCGUGUUUUUCCUGUGUUUUUGACAACCAAAAUGGAGGGAGAAGCUUCUCUGCAGAGUCUUAUUUAGCAAGUGGAUCUCUUAAGAGGGUUUUGUUGAGGAUAGAUCCUUCUCCAAAUGACUAUGAAGAUAAUGUAGUGGAAAUGUUUGGCUUUCAGUGGGUUACUGAAAUGGCAUUAACUGAAUCCUGUGAACUUCUCUUUGGAUUACUUAGGCAACAGAUGUACAGACUGGAGAACCUAGUACAAAUGAGUUCAUCUGAUUUUGGUCAAGCUGCAAACUUGCACUCUGAAGCAGAGAACAUCAGGCAUCAAUGUAUUGAGUUUUUGCAUUAUGUGAAAGUUUUCAUCUUCAGGUACUUGGAACCCCUUAAAGUGGACAGUGAUGAAAUGCUACAGCCAUAUGAAGAACUGGAAGCACAGUUACCUUCAAUGUUGGUGGAAGAGCUUCAUGCUUUGGCCAUGCACGUUGGUCACCUUUGUGAGCUCCCUAGUAAUGUCCUGGCAGCCUUUACUAUUCAGCAUCAAGCAAAGAUCUUUCCCCCCUCAUGGCAUUUACUGCAUCUCCACUUGGAUAUUAAUUGGCUAAUAUUGGAAGUUCUUCAUGUACUAGGUGAAAAAAUGAUGAGGCAAGUUAUAUAUGCUAACCAAUUCAUCAAUCUGACUGGAGAGAAUUUAACCAGUAUCAGUUUAUUUGAAACACACUGUGAGAAUCUCAUCUCUGAUUUAAUAAGCUUGUCCAUCAACAAGUAUGUAAAGGUGAGACCUUCUGAGGCUCUUACUAGUCACCAUAAUCCCUGUACCUGCAUUAAAGAAUUAUGGAUUCUACUUAUUCAGCUGCUCGACCACAGAAAUAAAGGAUCUCACACAGAGUGUUUCUGGAGCUUGGUGAACAAAUCUUUAAAGAAUAUCCUCGAAAGGUCAAGUAGUUCUGAAAGAAUGUCUGGCUUGGAAACAAUUCAAUGCAAAGACCCCUUGAGUUUUAGCUGGUGGAUUAUUACUCACCUGGCACCACUCUACCAGUUUGACCGUAAUGGAAAUGUAGAUGAAAAGAAACAGAAGGAAUCCAAUUGGAAAUUUGUGGAAGAACUCCUUAAAAAAUCCACAGAUGCUCAAACCACUGUGUUAGAGGAACACUUACGAAUGCAUCUUCAGUGCUGUUUGACUUUGUGUAGCUUCUGGGACUUGAACCUAUCUGUUGUCACCAUACUCUGGGAUUAUUACAGCAAGAACCUGAACAGUUGCUUUACUGUUCCCUGGCUUGGUCUGAAGGGUCUGGCAAGUGUUAGUAAAACAUCUUUGUCAAUGCUCGAGUUGGUCAAAAGUUGUUGCUGUGAGCAGCAGAUCCCUGCUCUGUAUGAGUCCAGCAACAGUUACUUCAUUUUUCUCAGCAUUUUGGCACGGAUGAUGAAAGAAGCAAAGGACAGUGGCGUGCACCCUUGGAAACAAAUUAAAGGACGAAUUUAUUCCAAGUUCCAUCGGAGAAGAAUGCAGGAGCUGACAGAAGUGGGGCUGCAGAACUUCUUUAACCUGUUCCUCAUGCUGGCAAUCGUUGCAGAGACAGAGGAUAUAGUGAGUCGAGUGUUGGAUCUUUUGGAUUUCCUGACUCCAUCCUCCAUCACGGUGUCUCAGAGAGCUCUCAUCUGGAGAGGUCAUUUUGCUUUCCUUUUGAUUUAUGUGGAGAAGAACAUGGACAUAAGCGUUCUAGCUGACAAACUCUCAAAUGCUUUCCGGGAGAAGGCGAAAGAGUUUUUAGUAAGCAAAAACGACUACACGCAGAAACAAAAUCUCUGGACUCUGCUUUCAACCUACAUUGAUGGUGUCCAAGAAGUGUUUGAGACCAGCUGUUACUUGAGCCUUUCUGAGGAAAAGUUGCUAAAUGAUGGCUUUACUAUGCUGCUGCCUGCAUGUCGAGGAGCUGAACUGAGUAUGGUCCUAAAUUUUCUUCAGGUCGUUCUAGCCAGACUUCGGAGUGUGCACAAACGUGUGAGCCAGGGGCUUCAACCAGGGAGCAGGGCCCCAGGAGCGCAGCUUCCAUCAGUGGCUAAAGAGCACCACCUUGCUGUUGCUGCUGCUCUCUGGAGAAAUUUCUUUCCUUACUUGAAGAGCCAGAGGAUGUCACAGAUGCCUCCUUCGCGGCUGCUGGCUGAUACAGCUGCAGGUUUUACUCUCUUAGCUUUGGAUAUACCCAGCAAAGCCUUAUCGGAUCUCCAGCCACAGCCUGUUCUAUCAAUGAUGCAGCUGUUCGGGUGGGAUGACAUGGUGUGGCCUCAGCUGGUGUCAAGAUAUCUGAGUCACCUAAUUCAAAACAGCGCAGUGUGUGAAGCUUUUUCUAGCAUGGGAUAUCCAUCCUAUGAAGCUUUGACAGUACGUUCUUGGUUUCGAUGCAUUUUGCAAAUGUUCAUAGAUCAACCUAGUGGUACGUUGGCCAAGACAGAUGCUGAGGGAACAGUUGGGAGAGCCUAUAUGGAGCAGCUGACUGAGAUGACAAGACUGAUUUUUAAACUCUCAGAAGUAGAAAACAUUCUUUCAAAGGCUAACAUCGAAGAGUCAAUUUUCAAGCAAGACCCUAAAAAUGCUCUUGUCCAAUUCAUUAAGGCUGUUGGUAGAAUUUACAGCAGCCUCCAGACACUCCCUGAGAAAUCUGCCAUGGUAACAAAGGCUCUGGAGUAUUUAGGUGAUGUAUUAAAGUAUGUGAAACCUUACCUGAAGGCAAAAGGACCACCAGAAGGUCUGCAGCUUACCUAUUGGACCAUAGGCUGUCUGGUAAAGUUCUGGGCACCAAUACUGGCUACUUCCAAAGCGCAGCAACUCUUGUUCCGCAUCGUGGAUUGCUUACUGCUGCCACACUCUGUGCUUCAGCAGGACAAAGAGCUGCCUGUGGCUCUGCUGUCUGCCAUUCAGGAAAGCCUACCUCUUUAUCUUCAGGGCCUGUCCUUUAUAUGUUGCCAGUCCCAAUCUCAGGGUGCCUACUUAAAUCAGCUGCUGGGGAGCAUUAUCCAACAGUAUUUUGGCCGGUUCCUCCCCUCGUCUCCGACGGCGCUGGCAGCUGGGCAGCAUCCUGUGCUCACUGCUCUGUGCAGCUCCGUCACAGCCCCUCAGCUGCUCCGGCUGCGGAAGACCACGCUGCACGUCAUAAAUGAAAGCUAUAUGCAGUUCAAAGGUAAUGCUCCUCCUCCUCGCUUGGCUUCAGUCCUUGCCUUCAUUCUGGAAGUACUUCAGAGAAGCCAGAGCACUGAGCUGUGUGACAUUGACUUAGUCCUGCCAGCCGUGUUGAAAUGCCUGCUGUUGGUUAAUGAGCCUCAAGUUAAGAAAUCCUCUACAGACAUUGUACAGUACAUGGUAGAAGGCUGCCAAGCAGGGUCGGGAGGAGAACGUGCCACCCAGCUGACUUCUGUUUUUAGGCAGUUUAUCCAGGAGUACACGGCUCUGUAUGAUCAGCGGGUUUUCAGCAUCCUCGAAACAGUGGCAGCCUUGGAUCAGCAGUUGGUUACAGGCCUCAUCCCCACAGUCACACAGUCUCUGAAGGAUUCAGAGCACAAACAAGGUCUUGGAAGGAACACUGCACAGAGAGAGGCCUAUAAAAGACUCUUAUCUCACCUUGCAGAGGCUGGACAAAACGAGAUACAGAAACUGGAGAAUGAGACAGAUUAGCAGUGUGCUGGUGUCUAAUCGCUUCCUCUUGAAUGUUCUGCCACAGUCAACACCUAAAACAACAGCCAAGUUGUUCACAAUGGCAAUACAUUUUAUUGGGUUUGGGAGGGGGGUUUCUCCCCCCACAAGUUAUGUAUUUCAUUUUAAUAAUUGCUCUGGUGUGGGAACAUUGUCAUGUGUCUGAAGAGUAACUCUCAGUAUGCUGUGAGUGGUGAUGGAGACAGCAACUACAUGACACAAUCCAGUGUCUAUGAGCAGAGGCUGUUACUGCCACACACGAGGCAGGGUAGCAAAGAACCAAAGUCAUUCCACAACUCCAUUCCCACCAGAAGUAACACUGUACUUCUGAGCACCUUACUUGGUGUGUUCUUAAGGAAAUCAUAACUUUGCCAUUCCUGAUUUGGUAGAAUGAGAGAAGCCUGUGACCUCUCGGACUGUGUAGAAUGAGUGUGUGUGCCAGUAUGAGAGAGGGAUCAUUUGUAAAGUGAGAGCUUGUGUGCUGCUUGUACAAAAUGCACAUGCAGCUGGCUUAACCUGUAUUAAAACAUUAAAGUCUUUCAGAUUCCAGUGUAAAA